AUGCUUAGAUUUAAUACUACUAGACCAUUAUUCUCAAUUGGUAGAAGAUUUUAUGCUGCUAAAGGAGAUUCAAUUCCUUCAACCACUUUAUACGACGGGUCACCAGGUAAUGAUAUAAAUUUAGCUGAAGAAACUGCUCACGGUAAAUCAAUUUUAAUUGGUAUUCCUGGUGCUUUCUCUCCUGCUUGUUCUGCUAGUCAUGUUCCAGGUUAUCUUAAAAAUUUAAGAGCUUUUAAUGAUAAAGGUUUUUCAAAAUUUUUUAUUAUUUCAGUUAAUGAUCCAUUUGUAAUGAAAUCAUUUGGUAAUUAUUUAACACAAGAAUUAUUUACUAAUCAAGUUAAAUUUUUAGCUGAUUCAAGAGGUGAAUUUUCAAAAGAAUUGGGCGUUGUAUUUGAUGCUACAAAAGUAUUUGGUAAUGAAAGAUCAAAAAGAUAUGCUUUGGUUGUUGAAGAUGGUAAAAUAGUAGAUAGCUUUAUUGAACCAGAUAAUACUUCAGUUGAUGUAUCUGAUGCAACAAAAGUAUUAAAAUCAUUAUAA